AUGGGCAAGGUCACCGCGACUCCGUGCAAGAACUGCAUCUACCUGAAGCACCCGGCCGAGAAGGUCUGGGCUCUGCUGAAGGACUUCGACAAGCUGAACGAGGCCGCACCCAACGUCGUGCAGAAGUGCGAACUGGUCUCCGGAGAGAACAACACGGUCGGCGCCCGUCGCAACCUCAACGACGCCUUCAUGGAGACUCUCGUCGCCUACGACGCGGACAACAUGACGUACACGUACUCGAUUGACCAAGACUCCGUCCCACCGCAGAUCAAGGAAAUCACGAACUACCGCAGCACGUUUACUGUUGUGCCUAUCAACCUGGGGGCGGGCGCGGGAGGGUGCGUGGUCACGCAGCAGUCCUCGUGGGAGGAGCCCGAGGGGGACAAGGGCACGCACGGCUUCUGCAUGCCCAUCUACGGAGCGCUGUUCAAGGACAUGGAGGCCCUCCUGGGCUGA